AUGCCAUUAAUGAAGCGACAACAAAUAAGCGAUCAAGAAAUUCAUUCCAACAAACUUUUUCCAAUAGUCUUAUCUCCAUUACAAUCUCCUACAGGGAACUCAACAUCUCGGAACUCUUGCUAUUCCGUAACAGACUUUUCUAACUUUACUAUACAUACUCGAAGAAGCUCAUUUAUUCCUUUUAUCCAUGAAAGAGGUGACACAGGAAAACUAUUAUCAUUAGAUCCCGAUCCUCCAUGCUUAACAUUAUCUUCCCGUGCCAGCCCAGAACCAGUUUUACUUUCCCACAAAAAAAAGCCUCAGAAGAAAGUUGCAUUUUUAAGCUCUUCAGUCAAAACCUUAGCAAGAACAAAGCGGAAGCGCGUUAAUGUUCCUGAAGUAGGAUAUUAUAAUCCAAAGCCAGCAUAUGAAAUCGGCAGCAAACACAAAAUUUAUUUACCAGAUGUUCCAACCAAGAGAAAUAACCUUGAAUCUCGAAAAGGAUUUUCUACUGAUUAUUUAGACAUGGAUGCAAUACAUGAGCACCUUCAUGGACAUCAUGGAACUCUUAGUAUGGACAAGCGAUUACGAUUAGAUUAGAUAUUUAAAGUGGCAGUGCCCACUCUCAAUAAGGAUCAACUCGACUCUUGGCCUCGCAGGCCAUUCUGUCACUUUAAAUGGCGCACCAUAUGGGCAGACAUUCCUUUAUUUUGUUCAUCGAUUAGACCGUACUUCUCACCCUGCGUGCUGCCGUCUCUCUAUAAGACCCAACUCUUAUGCGUGCUCCACCUGAGAGGGUCACUCUCCUCAGGUGUGAUGAGUGUAGAAACCUUACACCUCUUGAAUGCACUGAGGAGCAGCUCCUCUAGGCUUAUUUAACUAAAGUUGGACAGCUGUUGCUGUGCAUAAAUUCUUUACUCUCCCCCCCCCCCCUCCGUGAGCGAACAAAACCAUUAGAAAAAUCGCCAUUUUUUUGACCCAAAAAACCCACCCUCCGUGAGUGAACAAAAAUUUUUUAAUAGAAAAAAUUUUAAUGGAAAAAAAUUUUGAUAUAUAAGUGAUAAUUAGUAUAAUGAAAUCUAGAGCUAAUUCUGUUUAAUUUUAAACAAAUUGCGUUUUUAAAACAUAAAUUUUGCAAAUUAAAUUAAUAUUUGCUUCCCAAUUUUUGCAAAUUAGGAUUUUUUUAAAUUUCGAAAAAAAUAUUUUUUAUAAAAUUUAUAUAUAAAUUUUUUUUUAAAAAAAAAAAAAUUAACCCCCCUCCGUGAGCGAACAAAAUUUUUUUUGUUCGCUCACGGAGGGGGGGGGGAGUUAGGUAAAACCAAACCCAUAAAUAAAAUAUCUUGAAAACUAAUCUCUCUAAAAAAAUACCAUUUUUGUUUAUCCUUUUUAUGGACAAGCAACUUGCCAGGACUAAAACAAAAGAGGACUUUGACCUUGAAGAAAAACUGCUAACUCCCCCCCCCCCCUCCGUGAGCGAACAAAAAAAAUUUUGUUCGCUCACGGAGGGGGGUUAAUUUUUUUUUUUAAAAAAAAAUUUAUAUAUAAAAUUUUAUAAAAAAUAUUUUUUUCGAAAUUUAAAAAAAUCCUAAUUUGCAAAAAUUGGGAAGCAAAUAUUAAUUUAAUUAAUUUGCAAAAUUUAUGUUUUAAAACGCAAUUUGUUUAAAAUUAAACAGAAUUAGCUCUAGAUUUCAUUAUACUAAUUAUCACUUAUAUAUCAAAAUUUUUUUCCAUUAAAAUUUUUUCUAUUAAAAAAAUUUUUGUUCACUCACGGAGGGUGGGUUUUUGGUCAAAAAAUGGCGAUUUUUCUAAUGGUUUUGUUCGCUCACGGAGGGGGGGGGGGGGAGUAAGGAGCGCAAAAUUAGAGCUUCCUGAUCACUUAAAACAAUUUAAAGGUCUUUAUCAUGUCGGCAAAUUUUCUUCACAAAAAAUCGAUAAUUUUCCGAAAAAUUUUAUGGACGUGGCGAAAGACUUAAAUGAAAAUAUAGCGAAAAGGAUGGAAGAGCUGAAAAAUAUCGGAAAACAAAUGAAAGUUCGUGCUUAUAGAUAA